GGCUGUAAUCGAUAUGUGGGAUGUACUCGUCUGUCUGGGCUGCGUGUGUCCAUCCCGGCCCGUGGGUUGCUUUCACUCUGGCUGGGUCUCUCCGGCGUGAGGAGGUCUCGGGCUGGUUCAGGCUGCAGAGUUGCUGUGCCGUGUACAUGCCUGGGCAUAUCCCAGCUUGCUGGAGCAUCCCUCGCACUUUCCCGUUCGUGUUUUAGGGGAGGGAGAGGCUCCAGUGGGCGAGCCUGUCUGUCUCAGCUAGACAUCCUUGUAGGGAGAAAGGAAGCGGGCUGCCAGGAAGGAUCGGUCUUUUUAUUAGCUUUUCCUUGUAAGUUUCCGCGCUCGGAGUCAAGGUUAUGAUUGUCCGGUACCAAGCUGCAAAGCAGCGCCCUCCGUUUCUUCCCGGGAGAGAGGGGGCAACGGAUCUGCACUGGCGGUGCGACGGGUCCGGAGAGGAAGGAAACUGGUACUGACACGUGGUGAGCGGGCAAGUCUGGACUUGCUGCAGCAACAUAUAAACCACAUGAUGGCAUUUAAUCUGGCUGACCUGUUUUCCACUGCCCAAUUCUACCAGCUGCCAACUUCAGAUAUGCAAUUCCAAUGAGUCGACCUCAUGAGGCAGACACGGUGUUAUUAAUUCUUUCCUGAUUUGCUGGAUGAGGUUAUGAGAGAAGUGACAUGAAGAGAGACCCAGUGCUGUUUUUUGCUCUAUUUCUUGUCGCCGAGGUCCGAGGUGCUGCUCCAAACCCAAUGGAAUGCCAGGAGAGUGAGUAUCUGGAUGAGCACAGGAAGUGCAUUCCUUGCAGGGAGUGUGGCCCAGGAUGGGAGCUUUCCAAGGAGUGUGGCUAUGGUGAGGGAAGGGAUGCCCAGUGCACUGCUUGCCCUCCCAGAAGGUUUAAGGACAGCUGGGGGUUCCAUGGUUGCAAACCUUGUCUUUCCUGCCCCCUCAUCAACCGUGUCCAGAAAUCCAACUGCACUGCCACUUCCAAUGCAGCCUGUGGGGAAUGUCUGCCAGGGUUUUACAGUAAAACCCGGAUUGGCGGGCUGCAGGAUCUGGAAUGCAUCCCCUGCACAAAGCAGACUCCUUCCUCUGAGCCUCAGUGCAGCUCCAGGACUAGCCUGGUGAAGGUAGCAAUCCCCACAGUACCUCCCCAGGACACCGCCCUCCUAGUGCUAACCAGCAGUGCGCUAGUCAUCAUUGUGUUGGUGCUGCUGGCACUCGCCAUCAUCUGCUGCAAGCGCUUCUGGAAGAGCCAGUGUCAGCGAGUGUUUCUGAGGACCCAGAAUUUCUCGGCCCAGAGGGUGAUGUUCCAGGCCUCAGCCAGGCCAAGCAGGUUUCCCUGUGAGGAACAGAUGUCUAGUUCCUGCUGCUUGGGUGUGAAGAACCUGAGCCCUUGCUCCUGGCAAGCAGAAGUUCCAGGUCCUGUUGAACCAGUUCAGUUAAUGUCGAAUGGUGAAGCCAUAGGCCUGCAGAUCCCUGCUCUCCAGCCCAAUUUGGAAGAGAUUGCUGUCAGUCCCAAUCCCAAAUCCCGGCUGGUGAGGAGCGUCUUGGAGACACAACCCCUGAUAAGGAACUCAGGGUCCAGCAACUGUUCUGCAGAGGGCCCAUCAUCCUCAGAUGCCAGGCAGGGCACAGCUGGGUUCACAGAGUCCCCGACUCCCCUCUCAUCAUGUGCUUCAGAGAUGCAGCCUAGGUGGCCCCAUGCCCCAGUGGAGUGCACGGAGCUAGACCUGCAGAAGUUUUCCACCCAGGCCGAGUUCAUGGGCACCAAAAGCCAGGAGGAUGCAGAGAAACAGGUGGCUCAGAGGAUCUGGAGACAUACAGAUGAGCUAACCCUUGAAGUUCCCCUGUUUGGUGCCCCUCUGAUAACGCAAAGUGAACUUGUUCUGGAGGCUGUCACGGGAUCGUCCUCAUCCUUCCAAAUUCCCACUGCUGAAAGCAGGGAGCAGCCUCAGGUGAAUGAUGUCCUGAGCCUUGUGAGUGAGAUUAGCAGCGUCACACAAGGUCUCCCCAUAGUACAGCUCCCUCACUCCUUGGUGCUGUCACUCGGCUUCCAGUUGGACCCUUGCUUGUCUGGUCUCAAGAAUUUCAGCCACGUGGGAGUGGCGCUGGGGGUCCCAUCCCAUCUGGUGAGCAGGAUGUCUGGAUUCAAGCAGCUUGUCGCUCACUUCGCCUCCUCAGGAGACACAGUCACUGUUCCUGCCCUAGCCCGGGUCCUACAGCAACUCCAGCGCUUCGAUGCCUUGCUCCUACUCUGCGAUCAUUUCGUUCUGAGCCGGGCCCAGGGCUGCCAACACUAGGAGAAACACACGUCGCUGCCUCAGCACAAAUAGGGAGGGGUGUCUCCAGGCAUAGUUUUGGCUGGGUGAACCUGGCAGUGAUGCAGCUGCAUGGUUUUCUACCCACUCUUGUGGGUUGUGUGGAGGUGGUCUUUGAAAGUUGGGGGUAGAAUCACAGUAGAAUGAUGAGUCUGUGAAUGCUCACUGAGUAAACUUUUCUCUCAACCAUUGCUCGCUUCCCACCUUGUGCUGGUGAUGGUUGGCAGAUGCAUGUGCUACCUCCAAACACCACCUUUCUUCAUAUGUGUUUGUAUUGAUGCCCAGAGACCUUGUGGCCCUCAUGGUCACCAUGCAUGGCUACAGGGCCAUUUGCCUCCAUGGGCAGGUGUGGAUUUAUAAUGGACCCUGGAAGCACACAGUGUUUCCUUGAAUCACAUCUCAGCUGUAAUGAUUGAACUCAUUGUGUGAGAGGCUAGGUCGGGGAGGGGUAUGAAAAUAUCCCCCAACUCUAAGAGGGAGCUCAGAGGGUCUGGACCCUCUGUGUUGGAUUUCUCCCCCUCAGCUGAUUGUAUCUUCCUCUUAGACGCCUGAUCAUCAUUUGUUCUCUCCCCAGCCUCCCACUUUUUAGAGGUGGCCUUCUCCAUUUGGCAGACGUUGCAUUUUGCUGGCUUUCUGCUCAGCUUUCUGCUGUGGCUGCCUUUUUGUUAACUUCUCCUUUUGUGCGCCGACGAGGGGACCUGUUCUUGGAGAAGGGUUGUUUAGCUGCCACUCCUUUUUUUUUUUUUUUGCUGGGAAGGAGGGACUCAUGCACUGAAUUUCCGUGUGUCAUACCAAGAUAGCAGUGUGUUUAAUUGUAUUUCCUGGCUGUGGAAUGCAACACUUUUCGUAAAGGGAUAUUUCAAAUUGAAAGUCAGGAUUUUCUUAAGCAUGGUGGAAUUUGCUUCAAUGCAGAUGCCAGUGUACUUGUUGCAUUUCCCAGUCUUCUUCUAAUCACCUCUGCUCCCUUGCCUGAAGGGGAUUGCUAAUGGGCUCCUCUGUGCUGAUGUUUGGAGGACAGCACAGCACAUAUUCUGCUCUUCUGCAGAGUUUUAAGAACACAUGACCCAAACAAAACCCUUGUGGGACUCUGGAUGUGUAACCCAGGGUAAGGGUCUCCCCUCCAUUGCCCCUCCUGUGAGCACCAUAGGUCACAUCUUCUAAACACUAAAUGGAGACCACUUGGCCUGGAUAGUGCCUCUUUGAAGUGCAAACUGAAGGAUGGCUUGGCUUUCAGCUCAUCCCGUGCCCAAUUCUCUUGCUGUAGGAUGCAGGCCAUUCCCAUUGGCUUCUGCAGGAGGUGCUUCUCUCCUAUGCUGGGAAAACAGAGCCUGUGGGGUUUAGUAUGUUACGUAGCCACAACAAAAUAAACUCAGUAUAAUAAUGGCGGGUGUCUCAAUGGCACAACCAUUCUAUCCCCUUGCCAUGGUUAAUUAAAAACUGAAAGGAUGGAACCCCUCCAGAACUAAUUAUGCCAAGUUCAUAAUGGGAAAUGCUGGAUGAAACACCAUGGAGUAGUCUCAAAAGAGUAUUUUUUCACAGAUAGUCUAAUGUACUGCCAGGUGCAUAAUGCCCCCUACUAGAAUUAAUCAGACCUCUGUGUGGUCAGAUUCUGAUUAUUAACCUGUGCAGGGAGGCUAAAUACUACUCCCAGGUGAUGAGGGUUGCCAUUUGCCUGCAAGAGGCGUCUGUUGGAAGGGCAGGAAAGUAUGACUUCUCAUCUCAAUGCCAUGUGUAUUUGAUUUGGCUGAAUGAUUCCGGUGUCCGAAGGUUUGUGUCCUGGCCACUUUAUGCUUCCUGUAAAAGUAAUCAUGCCAUGAGUGGUGCAGUGGCUUUAUUGUAAAAUAAUGUGUUGUUCAGACUAAAGAUGACCUCAUUUUCUGAGAAUGGCGGUUCCAUAGGGAUGCGCUUUUCUGUCUGUAAUUUUCUCUAGGAGGAUUUGUCAGAGUUUGCCAUGGUUUGGCUGUGUUAGACUUUCUGAAGUUCCUGGAACUGGUGGCUGCAGGUUUUUGUGCUAUUUUCUCAAAGCUGCCACCAGCUUCUCUUCUUACUGUGCAUUAAGCAGGAGCAGAUUACACUUUGAACUGCUACCUGACAAAUUGGAUUGGUCGGGGGAAGUUGCAGAAUAUGAAACAAUCUAAGUCUCCUGUAAGGCUGGAGAAAUCCUGCCACUGGGUCACUUCGCGGACUGACAGGCAAUAUUAAAGUAAGCUUUUAAGUGCAGUAUCGUUGUCAGGGGCAAAUACUUCAGGAGAAAACAUGACACACCCCACGCCUCCCGGAGACAGGACAGGAAUCCAGCCCUGGCAAUCAGCUGCAAUAGUCUGUUUUGUGGUUGCAGGACAUACCCACAGUCAAUUCAUGAGAGGACCCUAGCAAUCAGGGCAUGUGACAUACUCUAUUAUAUUAAUGUGUUUUUCAGCCCUGGCACUCAGCUGUGACAGAUUCCUUUCAUAGUGAGGUCAUUUUCAGAGAGCAGCUGCUCCAGGAGGAGAGGCGUCUCCGGGAGCCUGAUUGCAAUCAGCACUUUGCCAUGAAUUCAGACAGAUGGAGGCUGUCAUUCAGGUUCUAUAAAACACACUGUUUCACUAUGUUUCGCGUUAGGUGGGAUUCAGUGUGGCUCUGUCGAGUGGCUGAUGACAUAGGCUCCCCUAAAACGCCAUCUCCAGGUGGAUCUUUACUUCAUUUGUGACACAACCUUGACACCUAGUGGAUGGGAAAGGAGGUGCCUUUCUAAUAAUCUCUCCUGGGUCCUUGCCCAGUGUGUGGAGCUGGCUGUUUCAAACAAGGGUUAAGAAGACUGUGGCUGGCUCCACACUGCACACGGUGAUGGUGUUGGGCUGUACAACAUUUCCCACAUGUGCUGUAUUUCGCUGCCCCUCAGCUCGUAGGGAUUGCUUUUUUUUGUGAAGGCUUGAGACCGAUAUCUGGGGCUGGCAUUGGUGUUGCCCCAUUUAGCCACACGUCUGUUUCACUCUGCUACACCUUUGAGGGUUCAAGUCCAAUGUAGAGUUGUUAACCUCAUGAGCUCUGGGACAUACUCAAGGAGUUUCACUGGUACUAGGGUCCCUAGAACAAUACUGGCUGGUGAGGACGGAGUUUUGCUGAGCAUACAUAGUGCUGCCAAAGUGCAUAGGCAAAGCGUGCAAGAUAUCAGCCCAUCUGCACCCAGUUAGCAUUGUGGGCACUAUUCAUCUUCCCAUGAGCUUUGGGAAAAGGGAGCUGGACUGUCCUUGGUUAAACCCUUCACCUUAUCCCAGCUAAGAACCAUAAGCUGUUGAUAGUGCUGUGCUGUCUUAAUUUCAUUCACAUUGCCUGAGCAUCAAUGGUGUCCCAGGGCCCUCACUGGUACAUUUGAGAACACAGUGUCCCCGCUGCUGGGUGAUCCAGGGAUGUUCUGCAGUAGCUGCAGGGCUAGAGAGCAGAAAGGGUGGUGGUUUUCACUGUGUUUAGUAAACAGCUCUCCGGAGUGAAAAACAUAUUGCUUAUGCCAGUUACCAAACGGUGCUUUGCAGCCAUCAAGCUAUAAAGAGACAAAGCAGAAGGAUGGUCUUGUGGAUAAAGCAUCGCACUGGAAGUCAGGAGAUCUGCACAUAGCUAUGCCAUACAUGUUGAAUGUGUUUGGCAGGUCACUUCAACUCUCCAUUCCUGUUGCCCCACUUCUAAUGUAGGGACAAUAAUACUCUCCUACCUCAUAGAUCUCUUGUGAGGCUUAAUCCAUUAAUGUUUACAGCCUCCUUUGAGAGCCUCAGACAGGAGACAAAUGAGAAUGACAGAGCUGACCUAGUAGCAUAAAGCCUGGUCCAUUAAAGUCAGAGGCAAAAUAAUCAUAAACUUCAAUGGGAUCAGGAUUUGGCCUGUGGUACAUGGUUCCUCCCUUCCCUAUCCUGUGUCUCAGGCUCCCCUCUUCUCCCUUUAUUUUUGUGCAUUUUCCUGCCUCUGUGUUUUCUGCCCUCUUUCCACUCCGCUGCCUCUUUCCCCAAAUUUAAAAUUUCAAACUCUUUACAGUCCAAGAAGUGCGCACUAGUCUGCACUUUUCUGAUGUCAUUUCUGUAUCCGAGCCUCAACUACUCAGCAAUAUGGAUAGAAACAUCAGCUCUUUUAAGCCCAGGAUCAGCUUCCAUGUACGACAUCCUUUGUGCACUCAAUCGUGCACCUGAUCUAUUGUUCUGAGUCAGAGAACUUGCAAAUGUCUAAAUACAUCUCUACCUCGAUAUAACGCUGUCCUUGAGAGCCAAACAAUCUUACCCCGUUAUAGGUGAAACCAUGUUAUAUUGAACUUACUUUGAUCCACCGGAGUGUGCAGCCUCGCCCCCCCAGAGCACUGCUUUACCCCAUUAUAACCAAAUUUGUGUUAUAUCGGGUGGCGUUAUAUCGAGGUGGUGUAUUUCUAAGACUAUGGUUCUGAUUAGAGAGCCCCUGGUAUUGACAGUUCCAGUGCUGAGCUAGUUAAAACCAUUUCAGUACUAAUUAACUGGCACAUAAAGACUGUCUUAACAGACUGACAUAUAUUGUGAUUUCAUUAUUGAAUCUUACGGUUGAAAGUUUGAUAAUAGGAAAUUUAUAUAAUCAAAACCCAGUUGGGUUCAUCUGAUCAUAGCAAUCCUAUUAUCAUAGCUCUGGGUGCCUGAAGUUGGCUGAGAACACAGACCACAAGGGAAUGUGUAAUUAGAUUAUAAUUAAUUGGCGUUGGUCUUUUAUGAAGUAAUUAAAAGCAUGGUGUCUCCCAGCAGCCAGGAGGGGGCAGUAUUGCCUUGUUUAAACUCCAGUGUGCAUUUCACCUGGAUGGUUUGUUACUAAUAGACAUUGGUUUCUGUUGAACAUCUUUAAAACCUGAACCUGUUGAGGACAAAGUCAACUCACAUGUGGGGCAUGGCCACCUAAAGCUGGACAUGAUGCUUUCUCUGUCUGCUAGUCACCUCUGGCAAAGUCAAGCUCAACUUGUUGCUUUUGAGAUUGCCUUGCGGUGAACAGAAGUGUUGAACAUUUUAUCCCUUCUGAGUUAAAAUGUCAGUAAAUGAUACCUCAUUACUUGGUUAGUUAACUAUGCAGCACUAAUUAAAAAGAUGCCUGAAAUGUAAAACAUCUCAGGGCAAAUGCAGAUCUGGGGCCAAGAUGCUGAUCUUUGUUAUACCACCAUACAUUUGUAGUAAUGUCACUGACUUAAGUGGCUACUCUUGAUUUACUCCUAUACCAGUGAAAUCAGAAUUUGGUCACUAGUGUGAUGGAUUUUCACCUGCCCUUCAUAUCAUCAACUAUGGGUUAUUGGAGUCAGUGGUUGUUCUGCCUCAUGAGUUAGCUUUGCUGAGUACAUCAGCUCCCAUUGGCUUCGGGGUGGGCACUGAGAGUGCUCAGCAGUGCCCCCACGCAGGAUCCGACUCAGUUUGAAUGUAAGGCUUUUCCUGCUCCUUCAUUUAUUUCAGGGGCUGCUGUGUCUGUUACUGCCCAACAGCAUAAUCAUGUAAUGAAUAAUAAAUGAACCUCUGGAGUUACACUCUGGGAGAAAAAGCUAAACUUGGGUAAAUGCUGAUGAUCCUUUUGUAAGUGUUGUUAACAAUCAGUGAUUUCUGUAUGUGAGUAUUAUAAUGUGUGUUGCAAAUUCUUGCCAUUUCCUGAUGUGUUGUUUGUCCUUGCUGAUCUCACUGGGUAGCCUUGAUGGUGAAUGGGGAAAGCACAGUGUAAAGGAAUUUUUCCUCUUGGAGAAUUUGGUCUAAGUGAACAUGUCCUUUCCCUAGUUCAAGGUUUUUAUGUCUAUAUUUUAAGGUGCCCUAUCAUUUUUAAGCUGUGUGCCAUGUUGUUCAGAGGCUGAUCAAUAAUAUUCAUUAUUAAUCAAAUAUUAAUAUUCAUUCAAUCAAAAUUAAUUGACAAACCCUAUUAACUUCUGCCUUAGGAAUGAAGCGGUUGAGAUGUAAGGUUCUUUGUUCAAGUAAAGCAUGCAGAUAAACUACUCUGAAGCACACUCUGGCUGUAUUCUCUAGGCCAAUCACAAUGUAGCUGUUCAGUUAUGGUGUAUUUAAUGAAAGAGUGUUCGUUAAAUACAAGAUGGGACUAUUUUUGCCUAGUUUAACUGGAUUCUAGUUACUCUUCUGCAUAUAGCAAAUUAGGGGCCCAAGCAACCUCUUAAGCAAGUAGUUCUUGUGUGAGUCAUCCCAUUGGCUUCAAAGAAAUUAUUUGAAGAGGACUGGUUAUAUGAGUAAAGGGUUGCAGGACUGGGCUUUUAAUGGUUAGGAAAAAUGUAACUGGAGUUCAAGGUAAGUCAACAGCAAAACUCCCUUGACUUCAGAGGGAGCAGGAUUGGGCCCAAAGUAAUUUAGUAAUGCCAGAAUUUUAAAGAGUGACCCACUGCUUUUGGGCGCCUACCUUGAGAUGUCUUGGAUUUGAUUUUCACAACUCCUGCAGAAGCCUAUGGAAGCUGUGGGUUUUUAACACCUCUGAAAAUAAGGCCCUGGUCAUCUCACUUUGGCCACCAAAAAUUGUGGCAUCCACAGUCAAUGGCCAUUUUGAAGGUUUGGCUGCAAACCAGUGAGAGUGGUUCUUCACUUUUUCUUUUUCUUUUUUUAAGAAAAAUUUCAGCACAGUGACUGGAAUGUGAAAUUUCCAGAAAUCUGUGACUUACAGUUUCUGUUUUAAUGUUAAACAAACUUGGGUGUGGGGAAUCUCCAGAGAGUCUGAAUCCUGCAUUUCAGUGUAGAAAGCCAGUAAUGCUGAGCAGGGAUGGCUUAUUAUGAGUUAAAAGAAGUACAAUUAUUCAGCCUCUGUAAGAGUUCAGUUGGGAAUAACUGACUUAGAAACAUGGAAAUAUUUCCUGGCUCAACUUCCUUUUUCUCAAUCAUGUCUCAGGCUCUAAUUCAGGAAAGAACAUAGUAAAAUUCUUAAAUCCAUUCUUACCUUUAAGCAUGUGCUUAAGUCCAAUUGACUUUAAUGGCAUUUAAGCACAUAUUUUAAAUACUGUCUUGAACAGGGCUACUGAGCUGAAUUAGCCUGAAUAUGCUAUUACGUGAGCAGGUAGCUGCUGGGAAAGCUGUUUUAUUGCUCAGGGAACCUUUAAUUCUGGUGUGUUCAGAAAGAUCUAAUUAAAAUACUAGGAGGAAGUCCUCAUGGUGCUCAUCCUGGUGUGUCUCAUGAGGGUUUUUUUUGUUGUUGUUUUCAAUUGCUGUAGUCAGGAACUGUCCAUGGAAAUACAUAGGUUUUGUAUUUUUUAUGGUGAAUAUUAUUUUUGUAAAGGUUGUAAACAGGUUGUUUAUAUUUUUGUAAAUUCAUUGACAUUGUAAAUAGAGCUGUAGCUCUUCCCCCCACCCCAUCUGUUUUUAAAAAAUCCUGUGUUUUAAUGUACUGGGGAAUGUUUUGGGGCUUCCCACAUUCCGUCUUGGAUUCAAUGCCAUUGAAUGUUUUUUGUAUUUGUAGUUAAAUACAUUUUUAAGAAGAAAAUAUUGGUGGUUUUCAGUGAGUUUUUCCCCCCAUCCUGUUUGUCUGACAUAUACAGAAUAGUUUACAGAACUACAGGAUGUUCCACAUGUGUAUCUAAGUUGAUAGGAAAAACAAAAACAAUGUGAGGAAAUAAGAUAUGAGCACACAUAAGGGCGCAGAGUUAAGGUUCUGUAUGCAAUAACUUGAGUUGAAGCUGCGGUUCUUAAUCUAUGAAAGUGAGACCACUUGUUUAGGUAUAGAGGUAUAGGCACCUAACUUCAAACACCCAGUUUUGGAAAUAUUAGUCUGGUCUACUCUUGAAAAUUGUACUGGUACUGGGGUAAUAUUUUUUUCACUGAAAUACUUAUGCUGGUACAAGCCCUAACAUGGACAGUUAGACUGGUCUAAAGGUGCCUUAUACUUAUAUAACUUAUUCUUGUAUAGGAAGGAGAAUAAGCUAUACCCCUACAAAUACCUUUAUAGUGGUAUAGUUAUGUCCACACCAGGGGCUUUGUACCACUUUAACUAUGCUGGUGCAAUGUGUAUGUAGAUGAGCCCUUAGUGAAAAAGGUCAGUGAAACUGUUCUUUUGUGAAGACACAACUGAACCACACAACCUCAGGCCUAGUACAGGGCUGCUGUUCAGCUUGCAGCGUUUCUAAAGAAGCUGCUUUCUUGGAGCUGAGUAGGCAGUAUUGCAUCUCCAUUUUCAGAGAUGCUUGAAACAACACUCUAAGGGUAUGUUUAUGCUGCAGUUAGACACAGACAGCUGGCGUGUCCUAGCUGACUUGGGCUAAGGGGCAGUAGAUGUCCAGACUCAGGCUGCAGUCCAAGCUCUGGGACCCUCAUACUUUUCAGGCUCCUAGAGCCCAGGCUCCAGACUGAACCUGAAUGUCUACAUUGCAAUUAAACAUCUGCUCUAGCCCACAGGGCAGCCACGGGUAUCAAACUGCAGUGUAAAAUACCCUAAGAAUUAAUAUUGAAAUGUAGAACUAGUAGCUGACGAUUGGUCUGCCUGGGCUGAUGUUCUCAGUAAAAUGUGUCAUGCAUUCUUCAACCCCAGCCUGGGUUUUCCAAAGUUCUGGUCCAGAGUUGAAGGGAAUGUUCCAAGCAAAUCUUGGGAUUUUGGCUAAGAGUUAUGAAGCCUGCUCACAGAGAACAGCUUGAAUUCAUAAGGCCUGGCAUAUUGUGGCUCAGUUUUGGAGAAGAAUCCCAGAUUUACCGUGCUGAAAGAGCAGGAUUUGAAGAGAGUUUCCCUGCAGAUUGUUGUGGCUGGACUUCAGAAUAUAACUGCUGAAUUUUCACUUAGCUCACAUCCUUUGGCUUCCAGAUGACUGUCACGCAAGCACCUCAUUCUUCCUGUUUGGGAACCAAGAAAAGUAGGAGGUGUUGCAAGUGAGGAUUAAGGUGCAUUGGCAGAGCUGUGUGGUGAAAGGCCACCACUUCUGGUUGCAUUAAACCUAGCCUGUACUGUUCACCUCUCUAGCCUUAAUAAGGCUGAUAUGUUGUGGAGUUCCAGUGUGGCCCUGUGAUGAGGUAUAUACCCCACAGAGCUAAUGAAAGAGUUCCAGGAGACAGAGAGAAAUUAGUGCACCUGGCUACAUCUGCAGGAUGGGCAAGGCCCAAACUAAGAAGAAACCCAGCAGGGAGAGGAGGUGGGUGGUGAGCAUAAGGAGAGGAAGCCCAGAUGAGCAGGGGACUGCAGGGAGAAAGAAGAAGAGCUCUGCAGUCCCCCUCUGGUUGCGAGAGAGUGGAGGAAAGGCCUAGAUUGAGGCAAUAAGCCUAGGGAGGGGCUGAAGGAACGGCCCUGGGGGAAGGCCAAGGUAGGAAGAAGUCCAGGGAGGCAGCAAGGAGUCUCAGGAAGAAGACUAUAACUGCUUGCGCCAGGAUCCCUGGACUUGAGCCCAGAGAGGAGAGAGGGCCUGGAUCCCCCUACCAGCAACUAGAAAAGGUGGUGUGGAAACCCCCUGACACAAAGGGGAGAAGGACUACUGAGUCUGAGUCAGGCUCCCAGGAGAAAGCCCUGGGAGGUGUUGCUCUGCACCAGUGCAGGGGAACAACCCUGCUGAGCCUGGGAAGGGGUGAGGCACCUGCAGAGGAGUGGGCCAAGGCAGGGGCAAAGAAGUUUAUUUACAUUCAGUUUAGUGGGCUCUUUGCUUAUCUUGGAUAUGACCUGGCCCGAGGGCUGAGCCUGGAGCCGAGGCAGACUCCCAGAAGGCCUGAGCGGCUGUGAACAGAGGAAGAGAGCCUGCUGCAUCACACCCAGCCUUCAGAGUGUGGUGAGUGCACACUCUUCUACAGGCCUUUUGUGUAAGAUGUCAGUUUAGAGUGCUCAGGUGGUGUGGUACACCCACAGAAGGGGAGCAGCCCCCUGGAACUCCUCCAAAGGGAAAGGAGUUACGUGCAAAAGGCUGGGGUCCUCCUGGGGAGAAAGGAAGGGGAGACAGUGUACACAGACAGAGGUAGAAUUCCCAUCUGGUCUCGCUGAGACUUUGGCUGACGCACCAUGGGCAUCACACAUCAGGAUCCAGCGCACGUUUACCCCUGCGCAGAGCAUGCAGCUCUUGUCCUCAUCUUAGAGAUCUCUUGCCUGUGUGACCCCUUCUUCCAGGCAGCGAAGGUCAUUGCCUGACCUGAACCUGUGAAGAAUCCAGCAUAUGGAUCUUGAUCCAUCACUAAGGGAUGGUGGUUGGUGUCUGGUACUGACAAGCAAAGGUGCCUCUUCCCCAUUUUUAGGGCAUCAGAACUGGGGACAAUGUGGGAUGGAGGAUUUGAAAUCCAAACAAAGAUCUGUUUCCAAAGUUUUCAGCUAUAUACUCAUUGUAUCUUUUUAUCCUCAGGUUUGUAUGGGGCUCAGGAACUAGAAAUAAGUUUGUUUCCUUCUUGCUCAUGCUCAGAAGCUGGCUGCAAACUCCAAAGAAAUGUGGUGUGAAUGGAGCACUCACUCACCCCCUAGAGCACCAGCAGACAUACCAGGCAGGCAGCAGCAUGAAUAAUAAGUGUGGACUUUUAUAGUACUUUACAACUAAGGGUCUCCCAGCACUUUAUAACCUUCAUUAAGCACCACAACCCCUUGUGAGGCAGGGAAGUGUCAUUGCUUUUUGUGUGGUAGAGAAGGAAACUGAGCCAUAGCUAGGUUGAGUAAAGUGCUUGAAUUCCCACAAUGAUUAGUGACAGUCAAAAAUUUUGUUCCAACUACUGAGCCACACUCCCUCUCUUCUUCCCUGCCAUUCAUAGACAAUGUCUUAACCCUGCCUGUCAGAGUUGAACUGUAUAAAUCCUUGGGCCUACUGCACUUCUAGGUUAACAGCCUAAAUGAGCGUCAUUGCAGUGUUACCGCAGUACAUGAGAGAUCCACCCCCCUCUCCACCUCACCCUGGAUGAGUCCCCCGUUAUGGGACAUGUCUAAUAUGCACUAAGUCGUGAGAGUCACUCAGGAAAGCUGAUAGGGAGGGAGGGGAGAGCGUGUCAGGCGGAAGAGACACUCAUGUAUUGUACUUUGCUAAUGUAACAGCUUCACUCCUCAGCAUGGGGUCCCACUGUGUGCCUUACUACAAGUGACAGGGCAAUAACAGAAUCCUGCAUUAACUACAUGGAAUGACAGAUCUGUGACUAGGUACAGCACAGAUAUUCCCUUAUAUUGUGUAGAGAAGAUGGUUACAUCCAGCAGGUGCUUUGACAAUAACAGCCUGUCAUCACUCAUGCUUGCUAUUCGUCUUUUCAUAGAAGAUUAGGGUUGGAAGAGACCUCAGGAGGUCAUCUAGUCCAACCCCCUGCUCAAAGCAGGACCAACACCAACUAAAUCAUCUCAGCCAGGGCUUUGUCAAGCUGAGCAUUAAAAACCUCUAAGGAUGGAGAUUCCACCAGUGCUUCACCACCCUCCUAGUGAAAUAGUGUUUCCUAAUAUCCAACCUAGGCCUCCCACACUGCAACUUGAAGCCAUUGCUCCUUGUUCUGCUUCUUUUCCUUUUAGCUCUUCUCUCCCUCUUGAGAAGGUAGACCCUGGAGGGCUGCAUUUCCUCCACAGAAGGCUACAAACAUUUCACACUUGUUAAGUGAAUGUCAUGCUGCUGAAAAGUGCCUGUAGUAUAGUCAGCAAGCCACUCUGUGCCUGCAUAAUCCAGGCCAGGAAUUACAGCAUCUCUGGGUGGGGACACCAUGCAGCAUGGCCUGGGAGAUAGAGAAGCAGAGAGACUGCAGGCUCAAUAACAAAUUCCUUUGAGAUGCCUGAAGCUUGUGGCCCUUUGUUCAUAAUGAGGAUUGAUCAAUCCAACUUGCUCUCAGCUUCCAUUUUUGCUUGUGCCGCAGACUCUCCCUGCAGGUAGAACUGGAAACAGUAGCAGGCUCCAGAGAUUUCAAACAAAGACUUCAAUCAGUAGUUUGCAUAGUGCUGUUCUUUGAGCACGCCUAGCUCUGCUGCAAGGGAAAAGAUGAUUAAAACAAUGCCCUACCCAAUGGGCUAUCUGUGGUAAAGUGCUAUAAGGCUGUGAAAUCUCUUCCUGACUUGCUUUAAUGAUCUGUGAUGAAAUCCUUUAUAACUGCCUGUCAUUGAAUUGCUUAUUGGCUAUGUCAUAAACGGAUAGUUAAGAGUUAAUGGAACAGAAGUACUUCAUAUCUCUUGCCUGUAAAGGGUUAACAAGAUCAGUGAGCCUGGCUGUCACCUGACCAGAGGACCAAUCAGGGGACAGGAUACUUUCAAAUCUUGAGGGAGGGAAGUUUGUGUGGGGGCUGUUAGAUUUUGGUGGUUGUUCUCUCUGGGUUCUGAGAGAGACCAGACGUGCAACCAGGUUUCUCUCCAAUCUCUCUGAUACAGUCUCUUAUAUGUCCAGAUUAGUGAGUACUAGGUAGAUAAAGUGAGUUAGGCUUAUGUUUGUUUUCUUUAUUUGCAAAUGUGUAUUUGGCUGGAAGGAGUUCAAAUUUGUAUUUUGCUGAAAGGAUUUUAAUGUGUACUUGUAUACUUAGGCUGGGAGGGUAUUCCCAGUGUCUAUAGCUGAAAGACCUUGUAACAUAUUCCCUUUUAAAUUUACAAAGAUAAUUUUUACUGUUUUUCUCUCUUUAAUUAAAAGUUUCUUGUUUAAGAA